GCACCAGGUGUGGCCACUAGCCUAUAUGAAGGCCCAAAAUUGUGUGUUCCUUUCUGCUCUGACAAUGGCAUGCCCAUUCGUGCGAGAUGUGGUGGAUGAAGAAGCACUUGUGCUGAGGAGAGCCUUCAGGCGAGAAAGGGUCUUCAGGGACCGGUUGGACCCACUGGCCUUCCCUGAUGACCAUCUAUAUGAAAGAUACAGGUUUUCUGCAGAUGGCAUCAGGUAUCUAUGCAGACUACUGGGUCCCAGGAUUAAGCACCGCACUGCACGGAGCCAUGCACUGAGUGUGGAGCAAAUGGUUUGUGUGGCCUUGCGCUUUUUUGCUAGUGGAGCCUUCCUGUACUCAGUGGGGAUGCAGAACAGCUGAACAAGGCCACAAUUUGCCGCACAAUAAGGAGUGUGUGUCUGGCUAUCAAAGCAUUAGCAGAUGUCUUCAUCUCCUUCCCUGGCCACAGAAGACUCUGUGACAUCAAAGAGGAGUUCUAUAGGAUUGCAGAUGGUCUGCAAUGCUGACUGUGUGAUCAGCAAUGUUGUGGCAAAAUGGCCUGGCUCAGUCCAUGACUCCAGAAUCUUUCGGGCCUCUGAAAUCUAUCAGUGCCUAUCACAAGGUGAAUUCUCUGGUGUGUUGCUGGGAGACAGGGGGUAUGGCUGCCAGCCUUUUCUCCUGACACCUUUCACAGACCCCCAGGAAGCACAGCAGGCCUACAACCAUGCCCAUGCCAGGACCAGGGCCAGAGUUGAAAUGACCUUUGGCCUCCUGAAGGCACGCUUUCACUGCCUUCACAAAUUAAGGGUCAGCCCUGUUAGGGCAUGUGAUAUUACUGUGGCUUGUGCUGUCCUCCACAAUGUGGCCUGCCUGAGGAAGGAGAGGGCCCCCAGAGUGCCACCAGCCAUGGACUGGGACAAUCCGGCAAUCUUCCCUGAUGACAGUGGUCGGCUGCUGAGGGACCAAUAUGUGUUGAAUUAUUUUAGUUAGUAUGUGUGCUUUCAAUUUUGGUUAAAUAUGUCCUGCGGUGGCAGAGGAAUUUGGGUUUUUUUGGGUUCGUUUUUUGACGAAUUUGGCCUCUUAUGAUGUUUGUGCGGUAUACUGUGUGUAAUACAAGGCUGCAGGGAGGCUACUGCAUCCAUUCAUUUGUCUGUUCAGUUGAUGUGUAUGGAUUUGUCCUGCAUUUAUUUUAGUGUGCAGACAUGCAGGGUGUGUUAUAUACAGACCUUUGAAUGUGUAUGUAUCAUUUUGUAUAAUAUGCUUGGAUUCUGUGCUUUCCAUCUUGUAGAGUCACUGUGACUUCAGUUUCGAAAGGAGCUGAUGGUUUACCUGCUUUGUUUUGUCCUUAUUCAAUAAAGGAACAUAAUGUUACACAUUGUGUUUUUAUAUUCA